ACAGACAAUUCAGUAUUGACACUAGCUUUGAUUACAAAUUAUUCCCGGUUAAGAUUGUAUUUUUUAUGACCUGCCCUCUUUGCAUAAUAGAUAAACAAGAGAUACGAUAUUGUUCGUUGUGAAAAUGGAGCUUCAACACGGUGAAGAUUCCUUGUCAGAGCCUUCUUUUGCACCCAAACGAAAAACCAGUCCACGAUUUUCAAAAUGCAACGCGAUGUUAACCGUUAAGAUUGUGAUCAUUGUCCUUCUCAUCGUAGUUUCGUUCAUGGCAGGAUAUUUAGUCCGAAGAGCAAUACAUCAGGAUAAAAACAACGCCAACGCGGACAGAGAAUGUCAAUAUAAAUCACCCAAAACGCUCGACGAAACUCCUUUGCAGGAAAUGCUUUCCAACUUGUCGCCUAAGAGCAUUGAAACAACACUGAGAUACUUCACUUCAAAACCACACAUCGCUGCAUCGUCAAGAAACACUGAACUCGCCAACAACAUCAGCUCAACUUGGAAAAGCUACGGCUUCGAUACCGUUAAAACGGUCAAAUAUAACGUCCUUUUGUCUUUCCCGACCAAAAACAAAACCAAUGCUGCCUUUAUUCUUGAUGACAAGGGUGGAGUAAAGUUUGAGACUGCACAGAAGGAAGAUAUAGUUGAUCCUAGCUGCGAUUCCCCUGAUGCAACUCCACCGUUUAGCGCUUACUCGCCAACAGGACAAGAAACUGGCGAAAUUGUUUAUGCAAACUAUGGAAGUCGUGACGAUUUUGAAUAUUUACGAUCAAAGAAUAUCAACUGCACUGAUAAAAUUGUUCUGGUUCGUUAUGGCCAGGUGUUUAGAGGAGAUAAGGUUACCAAUGCUGCUAAUGGAGGUGCAAAAGCGGUCCUCAUAUUCAACGACCCAAAAGACUUUGCUCCAGUCCCCGACAAAGAUCUUUACCCUGAUGGCUGGUGGCUUCCAAGGUCUGGGGUCCAGAGAGGCUCUGUAUUACUGGGUACAGGAGACCCCCUCACUCCCAGGUACCCAGCAAAAGAGGGCGUCUAUAGAAGUAAAACAGCGGAAAUAGCUCUACCAAAGAUUCCUGCACACCCUAUAUCUGCUAGAGAUGCCGAGAGAUUUUUAAGUCUAAUGAGAGGACCCGCCGCUCCAGAUUCAUGGCAAGGAGGGAUCAACGUUACUUAUAAACUGGGACCAGGGUUCAAGAUUGCAAACUGGAGUGUCAAGGUAGUUACGAACAAUGACCACGUCAGAAAGGAUAUAGUCAAUGUUAUCGCUGUCAUCAAGGGAAGAGAGGAGCCUGAUAGGCUUGUGUUGCUAGGUAACCAUCGUGAUGCCUGGGUGUUUGGUGGAAUCGAUCCUUCAAGUGGUUCAUCUUGCAUGAUGGAGCUGUCCAAAGUCUUGAGCCAAAAAGUCAAAAAAGGCUGGAGACCACGUCGAAGUAUCGUUCUAGCUAGUUGGGGAGGUGAAGAGUAUGGUCUUCUAGGGUCUACAGAAUGGGUCGAGGAUAACAUACACACGUUAUAUUAUCGUGCAGUGGCGUACCUAAACGUUGAUUCACCAGUACGAGGUAACUACACUCUACUCAGCUGGUCCAGUCCACUGUUACAUAAUGUACUCUACGCCGCAGCUAAAAAGACUCCAGAUCCCGUAGAUAAAGAUCGUUUUGUGUACGACUCCUGGCUGGAAAGAUCGCCUUCACCAUCAGGGAAAACCCCGCGGAUCAACCCUCUUGGUUCAGGCAGUGAUUACGCCCCAUUUUUCCUGCGUACUGGCGUUCCUUCCUUCGACCUGAGAUAUAUGUUCAACACGAGGGAAAUGUACAACGUGACCACCUAUCCAACAUACCACUCUCUCUUCGACACCUUCAAUUACGUCAAGAAAUUCGUGGACCCUUUCUUCCACACUCAUUUAGCCGUAACGAAAAUGUGGUUGACAUCAGUUUACUUACUAGCCGAAAGUCCUAUAAUCCCAUUUAGUUUAGGCGACUACGUCAGCGUUAUUAAUGGCUCUGUGUUAAAACUGAAGAAAGAUUAUGGAAAACAGUUAGAUAAUCAGUCCAUUUCUCUAGAAUAUCUUUUUAAAGCUGUAGACAAAUUUAGCAGAGGAGUAAAAUAUAUGCAAACAAAGAUAGAUAACACCCAGACAAACGAUACCGAUGCUUUACGCACCAUCAACGAUAGAUUGAUGGGCCUCGAGAAAACCUUCUUGAAUCCCGAGGGACUACCUGAGAGACCCUUAUAUUGGCACAGCAUCUUUGCUCCAAGUAUCUUCAAUUCAUAUGCAAGUGCCACGUUCCCAGGCCUCAGCGACGCUCUCCAGUUAGCCAGUAGGACAGGAGAAUGGGAACUAGUUAAAACCCAGUUGUCACAUGUGAUCGUUGCUAUAGAGUGGGCGGCUCAGUUUAUGGAAUCAACGAUUUGAAUGAAGCUUACUUCAAUGUCAAACUACAUCUUCAUUUGUUUGCGAUCAUUCCAAAGAGGAUGUGGUUGCAAAAGGGGGAACGGAGUCAGUCGUUCAACUUGUCACACAGCAUUGAAAUUUAGCAUGUUAGGUUUUGCGGAGGGAGAAAGAUCAGGGGAGCUUACCAUUUAAACCAAUCCACCCGGUUGGAAAUUCAUUCGCUAAUGGAAAGAAAAGAGCGGGAACUUUCGGACUUCCGAAAAAUGGUAAACGCGUCUACUGAAAGAACCGAAAAGAGCGGGAAAAGGGGAUUACCUCAAUCGGAAGACCGAGUUUUCCGGAACUUUCCGAUCGGAAUCUGCGUUUUUUUUCGGUUGAAUGGUAAGCACCCUAGAACAUUGAUGGGUUGCAAGCAUUCCCAAGAGAGCCAAAAGACAAAAACAUGGCGACCAUUGUGGUGACCGUUAACAAUGGAUGCUAAUGAGAAAUAUUUUGUCAAAUGGCACCAACAUGGUCGCGAUGACGUAACGUGCAAUCGAAGAAUUUUGUCUCGUCCCGAGCAGAGUGGUAUAAAACACCCAAAAUUCGUUUUUCARUUUGCUAAACUCAAUCAAGUUUUGCGUUACAAGUUGAGCGACUUUUAAGCCCGUCCUACCAUGCAAUCAGAUAUUAAAUGAAGCAACAGAGAUGUAUGUAAGUUUGACAUUCAAAAUCAAGUGCCACGACAUUUCUUAACCUCUAUAAUCCUUUAGUUAUUAUUAUGAACUCGAACUGUAACUCGACCUGGGAUGCCAAAAUGGUUUCCAGAUAUCUGUAAUACAAAGCAUCGUAAAUCAGGCAUCCUUUGAUCCGGUGUACACAUGUACAUAGCUUUCCAACUAUAAACGCUCGCAUAAUGUCAGUAAAAUAUUUAGCUAAAGCUACGGACACACGGUGUAGCAUUGCGCGCAAUGUUGCAUGUAAUUGAUGUUGCGAGCCAUGACACACGACGCAAUUUGUUGCACGCAACGUUGCUGAAGUAGAAGACCAUCCUACUUCAGCAACAUUAUUGCCUGCAAUGUUACGCGCAAUGUUGCAUCGCGUGUCCACGCCUUAAGUGUAUACUCAACGCUGCAAUUUUAGAACAAGAUUGCAUGUACAAACGUGUAUCCUUUUAAGAAACCGAUUUUUGCGUUAUGUACUUUGGUCAAUCAUAGUGAGGACACUUGAACCAUGAACACGUUAUUUUUUCCAGGUUAUUAUUUCCUAAACUUUCUAUUGUUUCAAACCCUUUAAACUAUGAAUCAUUGGGUUCAAAUACACGAAGUCAUGAAAAUAAAUCUUAUUCUCAAUCGAUUGGCUCAAGGGACAACUUACGGUAUGCAUUCAAAAAAGUAUGAAAAAUUUCUCCAUGUCUCAAAUUUCCUCACUGUAGUUCAAAGGUGAGGUAAUAUGGGUACUGUGCGCGCGCCCGGCAAGCCUUCAAGCCUGGGCACUGAGUAUUGACGUGCGACUAUCGGAGACCGAGCAAAAAAUACUACCGUUCACGUAUAGCAAAUUUUCGCCGUUGCACAAAGUAGCCAAGUAUACUACUUUUUUUUUUUGCUCUUGCGUUGCAUGUGGUAUUACGUGCGAGAGCAUUAGCUCUGUUUUCCAACGCAGCAAUUUUGCGCAACAAAUUCAGCACCGGUAGCAUACGCUUAACAUAUAAAUUCAGCACCGUAUUCAUUGUUACUCGUGUUACUGCAUCUUAAGGAGUAGAUUUUUAAAAAGAAUAUAGGCAUAUUUUGUCGGCGUUCAGUUUUAAACGAAGACUUUGCUCUUUUGCAGACGCACGCAGUCGUACUUUCGUUGCUAAGGAAAUAUUGAUCAAUAUAGGCCUCAGCCAGCUUCUAGAAAAGAUAAUAUUGUUUGUACUCUUUAUUAUUACCACCACAAAUAUUAUAAUCCUGUUCAGACUUA